AUGGCGUCAAACGAAAAACAUGGUAGUAUAAUUCAUGUAUUUGUUAUAAAUGAUCUUAAAAAUAGUAAAAGGAAAAGGAAUGAAAGUUCAACAUAUGUAGAGAAAGAUGCAGAGAGAGAAAAUGAAGAAGGGAAAGAAGAAGGGAAAGAAGAAGGAGAAGGAGAAAAAAAAGAAGAAAAGUGCUCCGGAAUAAAUACUGAUAAAAAGAAGCAAAAUGAAGACGCGAAUAAUUCAAAUUGCACUAAUUUUAAUAAACAGAAAAAAGAUAAGAAAGAUGAAAUGAUAACUCAUAAAAUAUUUUAUCCACAAGUAAAGAUAGCUAAGGUAAGUUGUGGAAAAUCUAUUAUAGGUUUCUUAUCAGUAGUGGGUAAAAUUUAUUGUUGGCGUAUAAAUAAUUUCAACGAUUUUGAUAAAAACGUCCCCUACUUAUUAUCAGAUGGAUUGUUAAAGAAUAAAAUUAUACAUGAUGUGAGUAGUGGGUAUCACCACAUUUCUUUUAUUUCAAAAGAAGGAGAAUUGUUUACUUAUGGAGAUAAUACAUAUGGUCAAUUAGGAAAUAAUACAGUGUCAAGUGAAAAAGAGGUACCCUAUUCAUCGGGGGUUCCAGAUAAUGAUUGUGCAUUUAACCGUAUAGGCAAGGUUACCAGCGGAAGCAGUGCAAACAGUGGAAAAGAACAGAAUUUGAAAAGGUACAGUGUCCACAAAGUAGACGUUGAAAAUAAUAUAGUUAAAUGCGUGUAUUGUUCAGAAAAGUAUACCUUAUACAUAACCAUUGAUGGAUUAUUAUACGGCUUUGGUAUAAUAAAUGAGCAUUUUAUAAAAAGCAAAAUAAAUAGAAAUAAAAUAAAUAGAAUUUUAUCAAAACCUCAUCUUAUACAUACUAAUAAUAUAGCUUUUAAAAAAUUAUCUAUUGGUACAAAUUUCAUAUUAGGCAUAAAUUUUAAUAAUUUUGUUUAUUCAUGGGGAGAUAACACAAAUAAUGCUUUAGGGCAUAACAACUGCAUAGAAUGUCUUGAACCCAGAAAAAUUGAGGGUCUAAUAAACGUUACUUUAGUUAGUGCAGGUAAAAUUAGUUUAUGUAAAACACUAGAGGAAGACAUAUAUAUAUGGGGGGGGAAUUAUGGGAAAACACCCAGUUUAAUUAAGAACAAAUUUGAUGAUAUGCAUAUUAAUACUAAUUUUAUUAUCGGUUUAUGUGAAAAGAAAAAUAUAUGGGUUAAAAACAUUGAUCAGUUGUCUCAUGGCUAUUAUAUAAAUAAUAUAAAAAUAGGUCUACUCAGUUCAUACGAAAACUUAAUUAUCGGUGUAGAGAACUAUGAACACGAUGUUCAAAGGAAAAAGUCAAACGAGAUAAAGGACACAAAUGAACAUACUAAGUCAAUUGACGACCUUCUAAAUGAUGGCAGAAAGCAGGUAGGCACUAUUACUGCAUCAAGUGCUGAAACAGGCCCCAUAGAUCUUGUUAGUAGUACUAGAAGUGUUAAAACUGAUAGCACUGUUAGCAUUGUUAGCAUUGUGAACGGUAGUUCAACUAGUGGUAACGGCAAUGAUAUUAACAGUGGUAAUGGCAAUGAUAUUAAAAGUGGUAAUGGCAAUGAUAUUAACAGUGAUAAUGGCAAUGGUAGUGGUAACGGUAAUGAUAUUAACAGUGGUAACGGCAAUGAUAUUAACAGUGGUAACGGCAAUGAUAUUAACAGUGAUAAUGGCAAUGGUAGUGGCGAUGGCAGUGGUAAUGGCAGUUAUGAUGCUCUUGCCGAUUUGGCGAACAACAUAAACACACUGAACGGCUACCUCGGUCAGAAUAAGCUUACCGAGUUUGAUAAGAAGGGAAGCAAAAAUUACACAUCUUUGGAAGAAUAUAAUGUCGUUGUUGAGGAGGAGGAGGAGCGCGACGAAAAUCGUAUGAACAAGUCAGGUAAUAAUUACAGUCAUAACGAAGAAAUUAAAAAAAAUAAUAAAACUAUUUAUAAUUAUGAGUAUAAUAGGAAGAGAGCAACAGCAGAAUACACUAUACGUGAUGAGGGGGAAGCUGCUAUAGUAGAGAAAAUAUCAUGCUCUAAUAAUAGCGAUAGAGUUAAUACACUAUCACAUGAUGACACAAAUAGUGGUAUAAUAAAUGAUAGCACGGGCAAAGGUAGUAAUAAGGGGGAGAAGGUAGCACACAAGGAAGAGUCUAGGAGUAGUAUCCCACUGCUGAAUGUUGAGAAAUGCUCAAUGAUUAGAAAUAUUGGUAAUGUUGGCAGUGUUGGCAGUGUUGGCAGUGUUGACAGUGUUGGCAGUGUUGGAAGUGUUGGUAGUGUUGGCAGUGUUGGCAGUGUUGGCAGUAUAACCAAAGAAGCAAAGAAGCAGUGCUUAGAUGAGACUAUCGUGGGGGAGGGAAGUAUUGGUAAUGAUGGUAGCAUCAACCGCAGCAGUGGCGAUAGAAGCAUAAUUAACACCGUAAACGGCUUAUUGAGCGGAGAAGGGGGGAGUGCAGAAGGCAGAGAUGAAAGGAACGAAAAUGCGGAUAGAAGCAACAUGUGUAAAGCAACGAAAAUGGGCUGCCAUGAUGGGAUAAGCUGUUCAAAUGAUGUUCAUACAGUAGUAGAUAACAACCAUUGUCGGAUUGUAAAAUACAACGAUAAGGAUGAAGAUAACGAUUAUGAUAAAUGUGAUGAUAAUCAUGGCGAUAACGAUGAAGAUAAUCAUGGCGAUAACGAUGAAGAUAAUCUUGGCGAUAACGAUGAAGAUAAUCUUGGCGAUAACGAUGAAGAUAAUCUUGGCGAUAACGAUGAAGAUAAUCAUGGCGAUAACGAUGAAGAUAACCACAAUGGCAAUCAUGACGACGAUGAUGACGAUAACAAUGAUGUGUAUAGGUUACACACGGAAAACGAUUCCUCGGAUAAUAUUAGGCAAAGAGAAGAUAUGGAAGAGGACGAAUAUUAUAAUGAUGAAUAUGACGAAGAUGAUGAUUUUUUGGCUACUAACUUUUACGGGGAACGACCUAGUAGUAGUAUGAAAAAUCAUAAAAAUGUUAUCAUAAUUAAUAAUAGAGGAAAUGAAAAAGAUUUAUAUAAUAUCAAAUCGUCUUUAAAAAAAUUUCCUAGUAGUGAAGGAAUUAAAAAAACAGUGUCCUUUUCAAACUAUGUAUAUGAUUUGGCUAAAAAUAAUUACGAAUUGAUAAACUUGAAUUCGAACGAUGAAGAUAGUGCAUCUGAGAGGGAAGAUCAAGGGGGAAAAGAGGAAGGGGAGGAAGAGAACAAGAAGAAAGGAAAUAGGGAUACAAACGUAGAAGAAGCAGAGAAACUGGAAGAAGAAGAACGGGAGGAAGAGGAACGGGAGGAAGAGGAACUCGAGUUAGACAGGGGACAAAGGUACCAAUUCCAGAAGCAUGAAGAGAAGGAAAAAUCGAAAAACUCGGUGAGCACUAGUAAUAACUACCAUAUUCUUAACAGUCAUUAUGAUGAGAAAACACAAAAUAUUAAAGAAGAAGAUGACAUAUUAUAUUUUAACAUGCAAAAAAAUUGUAAUAAUUAUAAUGAUUAUUACAGAAAAAAAAGUGUUCAUAAAGAGAAGUCAAAUGUUAUAGAAACUUUUAAAAAUAUAUCAAAGGAGGAAGUAAUUACAAUAAAUAACAUACACAAUACUAUCAAUUUUGAUGAAUCGGAUAAUGAGUAUAUAAACAGUGAUAUAUAUAACAAAAAAGUAAGCCUUAUUAAUGGGGAACUGUUACACUAUCAAACUGACAACACACUAACACGGGUGCAAGAUAACGUUAAACAGACUUGUGCUUAUCAUUAUGGGGAGGUUAGAGAACGGGAAGGGAAAAAGGAACAGAAGGAGGAGAAGAAUAAGAGGGUAACGAAGGAGGAGGAGAAAGGAAUGACAAAGGGACACGUGGGAAAAGACGGGGAAGAAGAACAGAAAAACUCAGAGGGGAAAAUAACAACAGUAACUAAUAAAAAUAAUGAGGAGAGUAGAAUAUUAGACAGUAAUAUAUCAGCAGAAAUGUCUACUGAGAAGGAGGAAGGAAAAAAUAAUAGCACGAAAAGUGAAAGAGAAGAAUAUGAAAAAGAGGGGAAAUGUGGGGGAGUGGAAAACUGCGAGUCUCUGCAUAAUUAUGAAAAAUCAAAAGGCGAAAUGGAAAAGAAAGGAAUGGAAGAAAAAAAAUUUGUGUAUAAAAAGAUGAAUGAAUGUAACAUUAGUUUAAAUAAAUUGCAUAAGGGUUCUGACUUUGUAAAAUUCAAUAGUGAACGAAAUACGGAUGACGACAAAAGAGAUGCACCUGUGAAGAGUAAACAUGGUUAUAGCAUAAUGAAAAGGUUAAUUAACACGAACCAUCCUAUUAUCAGUGUCAUUAACAAUAAUAGAAGUUAUUGUCUAGGGAAUGAUAACAUGAGUUAUGAAAAUGUGCAGAUAGAAAACAAAGAAAAAGGUGAAAUUUUGGAGGAUAUCAAGCUUUUUGAAGAUAAAGAGAAUAGGAAUAGUAGUACUACAAAAAAUACGUUCAGCUGUGUUAAGGCGAAUGAUACGUAUGAUAAUGUUGAGCAUCCGAGCAAAUACAGGUCUAUGGAUAAUAGCACGUUUAGCGAGAUGGUUAGCAGCAUGCAUAACGGCAUGAAUAUAAGCAUAAAUAGCAGCAUGAAUAGCCGCGUAAAUAGUAGGGUCCAUUAUUCAAAGACCCCCCCGAAUGAUGUUAAAGCUAUGAAGCUUCAAUCAAAUGGAAGUAGAAUUUUAUUUGGUGAGCAUACAAAUAUAAGGAGAAAAAAAAGGGGGGAAAUGAAAUGUAAUAAAUACUAUUACCAAGACAGGAAGGAGUUCAAAAUUAUUUCGUGUUUGCGUAAGGGAGAUGGAAGAAUAAAAGAAAGAAAGAACCUUAAACUAAAGCAUAGGAUAAAUAAAAAAAUGAAAAAUAGAACAAAUAAUAGAACAAAUAAUAGAACGAAUAAUAGAACAAAUAAUAGAACGAAUAAUAGAACAAAUAAUAGAACAAAUAAUAGAACAAGUGGUAUAUUUAAAGCUAUAGCAACAUGUAAUAAGAACAUGGAUUUACCAUAUGGACAUGAAGUACUACUAAGAAAGGAAAAAAUGGACAAUUUUAAAAAAAAUGUUUCUUCCUUCAAUUCUGCAAGUAGAAAAAGAGGGUAUAAUCAUGGGGGGGUAAAGAAAUGUAAGCUAUUUUUCGGCAAAGAAAAAUCUUUUAGUGAUGUUAGCGGUACCAGUGGAAGUAGUGAUGGUGAUCCUACCAUCUGUGGUAGUAUUCCCCCCUUCCAUAAUGCAGUCUUACAGCUCGAUGAAAAAACUUGUGUGAUAGAAAAGAGCAAUAAUAGUAAUAUAACACAUACUAACGAGUUAAGGAGUAAAAUCAGGAAUGACUUGUUAUCCAUUGUGAGUUAUAAUGAUGAUGAUAGCUGUGAUGAAUGUGCUAAUUUUAGUGGAUGUGAUAAGGAUGAACAUAUUUUUACUAAUGACCGAAAAUAUUCGAGCAAUAGUAACCAUAGUAUAAAAAGUUGUAGUAUGAAAAGGAAUUUAAGUGAAAGUAAUUUAACAAAAAUGAGAAAGUGCAAAGAAGGAAAGAAAAAAAUUUUAGUUAGUAAUAAAGAUAAAAUAUUACGAAACAGCAAAAAUGAAAAUAGCGAAUUGAGUAAUACAAGUAUAUGCGUAAAAAAUGAUAAGAAAGAAACAAAUAAAAAGAUAACAAAGAUAUUACCCAAUAAACAAUUCUUUAUGCCUUGUUUAGGGGUGAAUAGUUUAAAUAAAAGUUAUGCACAAAGUAAUAACAACAAGAAAAAAGAGAAACAAGAAAUAUGCACUUCAACAUAUAUGAAAGAAAAUGCAUUCUCAUCUAACAUAUGUAAUUGUCUAAGUGAUGAUAAAAAUGUUUCAUCAUCUCAUAACAUAGUAAAAUCGCAAAAUGUGGAAUAUUUUUCUGACUCAGGUAAAAUUGCAAAAAAUUGUGAUCAUUGUACAGGAAAUUUUUUAAAUACCUGUCCUGUUAAUAAUAUUUUUGAUACACCACACAAAGGUUGUAAGAAUAGUUUUUAUGUUAGUUGUAAUGAUAGUUAUUAUAAUAGUCGUUAUAAUGACGGAGAGUAUAAAACGGAAGAAGAAACAUAUAAAGUCAAUUUCUCAUCAUUUGACGAAAUGAAAAAAAAAAAAAAAAAAGAAUUAGUCUUUUCAUUACAUCAUGGAAAAGCUAAUAAUUUGUGUAAGAAUGAUCUUAAUUCUGAAUAUGCUGAAAAAAAUAUAAAUAAUAAAACAAAAUGCACAUUAGGUAGUGUGUUGAAAUUGAAAAAGUUAAACAAAAAGGAAAAAAAUGUAUGCAUAAAUUUGCCAAAUGUUUUAAAUACUUCUUUUGAAAAAAAAGGAGAAAUCAUAAAGUUGUCUCAUCUUAAUGUGAAUCGUAGUAACACAAAUGAUAAAACGAAAUGCUGCAGAGUCACAGAGAACAAUAUGUACGAUAGUCAGGAAAAUAAAACAAAUCAUAUUUGCAAUAAAUUGGUAAAAAAAAAAAGAAAUAAAAUUAUGAAUGAACAAAAAUCCCAGCAUUUGAAACAUUCUAGCGAAUGUAAAAUUGCGGGUCAUUUGAAAAAAGAAAAUAUGAACAGUUCAUGUUGUAACAAAAGAGAAAUAAAUGAUAAAUAUGAGCUACAUAAGAAAAGUGGUGAACCAAGUUCUAUUAUGAAAAAACGUAGUAAAGCAUUGGUCGAUCAUACAUUUGUCAAUAAAAUUGCUAAAGGAGUCAAACAAAAAGGAAGCGAAGUAGAAUGUGUCUGUAAUAGUAGUACUAGUAAUAAUAAACAUAAAGCAGGUAAUAAAAGAAGCGUGAAUAGUAGUCCUAGCUUGGACUUGUUAACCACUGUUAACAAAGGGGACAACCAGCAUUGCUCCAAUAGCAUAAAUACAAUAAUGAAAAAAAAAAAAAAAAAAAAAAAUGAAACAAAAAAAAUUGAUAACAUUCCAAGUAUAGAGAAGAGUGAAAUUAUCGAAGAAAAUGCAAUUUGUUUAGAAAACAUACACAAACAAAAAUUGAAAAAUGACAAAAUGGUGCUCUUAAAAAAGCUGCAGCAAGAAAUUAACUAUAUGAAAAAUGAUAUAUUAAGGGGAAAAAAGAACGUAGAAAAAAAGGAAACUAUCCUCAAUGUGAAAAAAGACGAGCAGAACAAUUGGGAAGGUUUUUCCGAUUGGAUGGUGGAUGGGUCUGCCGCUAAAACAGCAGAUGGUUCUGUUUUCAAAAUUGGGGAUAGUAUCGCGUGUGUUUUAAACCAAAUGGUGGGGAAAGAAAAAAACAUUUCACUUAAUGUACCGAAAUGUGAAAAAGACAAAAAAAAAAAAGAUGAUGAAAUUGAGCAAAAUAUUUUGGUAAAUAUAAAAGAAAAAAUGGAAAAUAAGUUCAAUCUGAAAAAAAAAAGACAUAAAAAGUAUGUGAAGCGAAUUUCUAAAAGUAUGAAAAUUAUUCUUAAGGAAUAUAAUGACAUCAAAAGGGAAAAGGAAGAAGUAGAUAAAAAAAAUGAUUAUUUAAAAUUCAUGUUAGAAAACACUGUUAUAAAAACUAAUGAAAUGUUAAGAAUAAAUAAACAGUCUUUUCAGAAUUAUAUAGAUAAGAUGCAGAAAGAAAAUGUUUUCCUCAAAAAGGAAUUAGACGAAGAAUCACAUCAACAUCAUUAUGAUUUACAGCAGUUAGUUAAUAAAAUAACAGAUAUGGAAAAAAUAAAAGAUUAUAUUGUCAAUAAGAAUGAAGAAUGUAACAAGAAAAUUAUGUUUCUAACUGUACAAUGUGAUAAAUUAAAAGAAAAAGAAGAGGAAUUACAUAAAAUAGCUAAUAAUUAUAAAUUAAAUUUAGAAAAAGAAAAAAAAAAAAAAAAAUAUAUUUUAAAAAAAAUUGAAAAUUCAAUUAAGGGAAGAGAAAUAGAUUAUAACGAGUUAAAGCAAAAGCAUCAUGCUCUCCAAUGUACUAAUGAUGAACUGUCCAAAAAUAACACCGAUCUAAAGGAAGAAAUAGCUAAAUUAAAAGGUCAGUUAUGUGCUAAAGAUAACAUUAUUAAUAAAAGUAUCGAAAAAAUUAAUGAUUUGCAUAGUAAACAUGAAUUAUUAAAAAGCGAGUGCAGUAGUAAUAAAACCAUUGCACAUGAUGCUGUUACGAGGAGUGAUAACAAAUUAUAUGGUACAGAAGCACAUGAUAAUCACGAGUAUGAUGGUCAUGCAUAUGGCAGUCCUGUCUAUAUUUGUGAAGCCUUGGAGGAGUCAUCUUAUUUGGAAAAAAUGAAGGUGGAACGAAAUAAAAUUUUAGAUAAGGAAAAGGAGGUAUUUUAUGUCGAAGCGAAGGAAGAAGUAGUACUAGAUGCAGAUGUGAAAAAAGGAGGACGUAAAAAAAAGGGUCCUACGGACGACCAACUGACUAGCGAAAAUGGAAAAAAUAGCAGCAUAUGUGAAGAUAUAUCAACAAAUUUUUUAAUUCUUUUAAAAAAUGAACUCAGAAAAAACUGGGAGAUUUAUAGAGACAGUGAUUCAUCACUAGAAUUGUUUUUGGAAGAUUCUAUUAAAGCAACUUUUGAAAAUUUGGAAAACGGAAAUGAGUCAAAGGAAAAUGGUAAAUUAUGGGGUAAAUUAAUCGGUGUUCUCGAAAAUUUUAUGAACAGUCAUACUAAAAAUUACACUCAGAAGAAAACACAAAAUAAUGUAUUCCAUAACAACAUUAUGAAUAACAUUCUUACGAACGAGUCACGGGAGACGGAUGAUAGUACGAAUGAUAGAACAAACGACAAUACAGUUAACUACACGAACAACGAAGAUGAGGUAGACGUACACAAACAAACAAAAGAUGUGUUAACUGAGGGAAAUUUAAAUAGCAGCAACAGUAAUAAUAGCAACAAUUACAAAAACAACAUUAACAAAGGUAAUAAUAAAAACUGUAAUAAUAACAAAGGUAAUAAUAACAAAGGUAAUAAUAACAACGAUAAUAAUAUCAACGGUAAUGAUAUCAACGGUAAUAAUAUCAACGGUAAUAAUAUCAACGGUAAUAAUAUCAACGGUAAUAAUAUCAACGGUAAUAAUAUCAACGGUAAUAAUAUCAACGGUAAUAAUAUCAACGGUAAUAAUAAAAACUGUAACAUCGAUUAUUUAAAAAAUGAAAAACUUAAAAAAACCGUCAUGGAACAAAUGGAAGAAAUACUGUCGUCCUUGCAAAAAAUAAAAGGAAAUAACACAUACGAGGAAAAAAUGAAUAAAAAAAAUUGUGAAGAAAAAAACCAUAUAAUAAAUUAUGAACAGGUCAGCACUAAAAAGAGUCUCAAUGAAAUGUCGUCACGUGCGAGUGAGGAUAGUUCACUAAGGAACUUCCUUCAUAAAAAAAAUGUGAUUGUAAACGUGAACAGAAACGUGAACAAAAAUGUCAACAAAGGCGCGAACGAAAAUAUUAACAAAAACGUGAACGAAAAUGUCAACAAAAGCGCGAACGAAAAUGUCAACAAUUACGUGCAGAAGAGUAUGAACAGUGCAUGCAAAAAUGACCAAUUUCAAAAUGAAGGGAAAAUUUUUUUAAAAAAGAAAACAGAUAAUAAUAGUCAGAAAAAAUUAAAAGAAAUGUCCAUUCUCGUUGAUAACACACAAGUGAUUACAUAUCCAGAAAGACGUAAAAUUAUUGAAACAAAAGAACUCAAUAAAAACAAUAAAAUGAAAAAUAAGGGUGAAGAUAAUGCAGAAAUGUGUGUAGAUGAAGAUGUGAAGAAAGAAGGCCAAUACGAGAAUAGCGUCAAGGCAAUAGAAAAGUGUGUGAGAAAAAAAAAUAAAAAAAAUAAAUGCGCUGAUAACAGUGAUACUAAUGACAGUAGUAAAAGUGAAAAUAAUAACGCUAAUAAUUAUGACGAUAAUAAUUAUGACGAUAAUAAUUAUGACGAUAAUAAUUAUGACGAUAAUAAUUAUGACGAUGAUAAUUAUGACGAUGAUAAUAAUAAAGCUGAAAAUUAUGAUAGCGAUAAUAAAAAGGAUAAUCUGGAUUAUUCCGACAAACCAUAUUUAAAAACAGAAAUUACAGAUUUGAAAAUGAAUGGUGUAACAGGAAAGAAUUUAAAAGGACACUCAAAAUACUACGCAAAUGUAAGGAGUACAACAGGAUUUAAUUCUUCUUCAGUAUGUAACAAUGGCAUGCAGCAGAUGAACACAUGCGAUCCUUUGAAGGACGAGAGUAAAAGCAAUAAAAGUACAUUGGAAAAAAAAACAUAUUUAAAAGAAAUCGAUAAUGACAAUUUUUUGUCAUUACAUCAAUAUAAAGAUAUUACAAAAAAUAAAAAUGAAAAGUUUCAACAAGUGGCAAUGCUCAAGGAUGCAAUUAUUAAAGAAAAAAAGAAUACUAGUAAUGAUAUAAAAAAUACAAAAGAAAUAAACUCAAAUGGUUUAAAAAAUCAAGAAGGCAUGAAUAGCAUCUCAAAAAAAAAAAAAAAAUCAUUCAAUGAAAUGAUAGAUAAUAUUUUUGACACAUCAAUUGACCAUUCAUGUUCAGUCAAUGAAAAUAUGAUAAAUAUUCAAAAUUUAAUUGAGAAUAAUAUUAAAAACAUUUUUAGUGCUCAAGAUACAUAA